CAGUCUCCGAUGCUUACAGCGCCGCCAAGGACAGGCACCCGCUGCUGGGCUCCGCCUGCCGUCUGGCUGAGCACUGCAUGUGUGGCCUGACCACGCGUGCCCUGGACCACGCCCAGCCGCUGCUCAGCCACCUGCAGCCCCAGCGUGAGUCCCCCUGGCCAGAGUCCUGGGUCCUGUGGUUUGUCCCACUGCCCCACCCUCUCAUGCUCCAUCUGCAUGACUGCUGCAGUGGACCCCCUGAGACGGGUGUCCCUCUGCAGUCUCACCUAUGCUGUGUGCCUUUACUCUGUCCACCUGCCUGUCCCCCAUCCACCUGUGUCAUCCCCUCUCUUGGUCCUCCUGCCUGUGCCAUCUCACCCUCCAUUCUCUGCCUGUCCCGUCCCCCAUUCUACCUGCAUCCCUCGUGCCCUCUGCCUCUGCUUAUUUGUUCCUCUGUAGUUUGAUCACCUGCCCGUCUGCCCUUAGCUGUUUCCUUGGGGCCCCCUUCCUUUUGUUCCCAUCUUGUCUGUCUCACUGUCCUCCUCCCUUUGGCUAGCCUGAUGUGCCUUGGGUCCCUUUGCCUGUCCAAUCUCCCUCCCCUGUCUGCCCCUUCCUCCACCCGUCCUGAGCCUGUGACCAGCUCAGGGGGUCCAACCUGGCAGUGGGGUUGGGGGACAGAGAGACCCUCGGCCUCGCAUCUGACCGAGGAAGGGGAUCACCUGAGGGUCCCAGCCCAGGGCCUCGCCUGCCUCCUUCUCAGCCGGCUUGUGUGACCUUGAGCCUGCUCGCUGGGGCGUCUGAGCUGGACAUGGGUGAGGAGUCACCUUGGUGCUGGCAGCAGCGGUGGCAGGGCAGAGGCGGGAAGGGCAGAGAGGCAGGGUCCAGCCUGGUGGCUCACCCACACACUCAGGGUCCCGGCCGCUCGCAGGGGGCCAGCCAGGUGGCCCCUCUGUCUUUCCCUCUGUGUGUGUGUGUGUGUGUGUAUGUAUGUGUGUCUCCUUUUUUCUCUGCCUCUCCCUCCAGCAUCCCCUCCCUCUAUGUCCCUGUGUCCCUCUCUCCCUUGACAUCUCCCCAAUUCUCGCUCGCUGCCUCUCUGUCUCCAGUGGCCACAGUGAACGAUCUCGCCUGCAGGGGCCUGGACAAGCUGGGGGAGAAGCUGCCCUUUCUCCAGCAACCUUCAGAGACGGUGGUGACCUCGGCCAAGGACGUGGUGGCCAGCGGCGUGACAGGCGUGGUAGGCCUGGCUCGGCAAGGCCGCCGCUGGAGUGUGGAGCUGAAACGAUCCAUGAGCCACGCCGUGGACGUAGUGCUGGGCAAGUCAGAGGAGCUGGUGGACCACUUUCUGCCCAUGACUGAGGAGGAGCUUGCGGCUCUGGCAGCAGAGGUUGAGGGCCCGGAAGUGGGCUCCGUGGAAGAGCAGCGGAGACAUCAGGGCUACUUUGUACGCCUGGGUUCCCUGUCGGCGCGGCUCCGCCACCUGGCAUACGAGCACUCUCUGGGGAAACUGAGGCGGAGGAAACACCACGCCCAGGACACGCUGGCCCAGUUGCAGGAGACUCUGGAGCUGAUUGACCACAUGCAGUGCGGAGUGACGCCCAUCACCCCAGCCCACCCUGGGAAGGUGCAUGAGCUGUGGGAGGGCUGGAGCCAGCACUCCCCAGAGAACGGCCGCCGCAGUCAGGCAGAGCUGGAGACCCUGGUGCUGUCCCGCAGCCUGAUGCGGGAGCUGCAGAGCACCGUGGACGCGCUGGAGACUAGCGUGCGGGGCCUGCCUACCAGCGCCCAGGAGAAGGUGGCCGAGGUGCGGCGCAGCGUGGACGCCCUGCAGGCCGCCUUCGCCGACGCCAGCUGCUUCGAGGACGUGCCGGCGGCCGUGCUGGCCGAGGGCCGGGGCAGCGUGGCCCGGGCCUACACGUGCGUGGAGGAGCUGCUGGAGCUGGUGGUGCAGGCCGUGCCCCUGCCCUGGCUGGUCGGGCCCUUCGCGCCCAUCCUCGUGGAGCGGCCCGGGCCUCCGCCCGACCUGGAGGCCCUGGUGGAUGAGGUCGUGGGGGGGCCCGACCCCCGCUGGGCACACCUGAACUGGCCGGCCCAGCAGAGAGCCUGGCAAGCCCAGUACGGGUAUGGGAUGGGCCUCUCCGGGGACAUUCCCGAGGAGGAGCCUGAGCCCCCCAGUCGCCGCAAGCACACCAUGAUGCCAGAACUGGACUUCUGACCCGAUGGGGCCGUGGGGCAGCGAAGGCAGCUGGAGGCCGUCCUGCACCCCGAGAUCCCUGCUGCCCCCUAGCGGCCAUGCAUCAGCAUUACUAGCCGAUGCCUUGGCCUUGGCCCAGGCAGAGUUGGGGGCUGGGGCCCUAACUCUGAAUCCUAGAUCAGCUUCACUGAUAUUAGACCCUCCCCAGGCUUUCCCUUGGACAUAUGAGGACUUGAACCUAACUCAGGUCUGACUAGCCCCAAGCUGCAUUCACUGGCUGUGGUCCCGCAUUGCCCCACCCCAAGAAGCUGAUCAAAACUCCCCAGAGAGUUGCAUGUUUUGCCCAGAUAGAAGCACACGCUUCUGUUUGGGGUUUUGAAAAGUGAGUGUCCCUUCCUCCCCCAGCUUGUCUAUCCCGGACUGAGGGGUCCCCAAAGAUGCUUCAACAGCUGGACCUGCCACACCCACUUGCUUUGCUGUUUGGGGUUUUGCUCUCCAGAAUAAAGGUGCUUCGU